GUCGAUCAUCACCAUCGGGACUCUUCCCCGCAUGAGUCGCGACGCCCUGUCCGAGCUCCUCCUUUCCACCAGCUCCCCCAGCAAGCUCGCCAUUAUCGACGUCCGCGACUCAGACCACGUCGGCGGCCACAUCACCACCUCCACCUGGAUCCCCAGCUCCUCUCUCGAGCUCCACCUCCCCGAACUCAUCCGCACCCUCAAAGACAAAGAAAAGGUCGUCUUCCACUGCGCUCUCAGUCAGCAGCGGGGCCCCUCCGCGGCGCUGCGCUACGCCCGUGAGCGCGAGCGCGUCCUCGGCGCCGAGGAGGCGGCCAAGACCGGCCAGGAGGUGUUUGUCCUCGAGGGCGGGUUCGUCGAGUGGCAGGAGAAGUAUGGGAAGGAUGUGCGGUUGACGGAGGCUUAUGCGGAGGAUGUUUGGAAGAUGUAUUGAUUUUUCCUUCUCUUUGGAUUUUGGUUGACUGCUUUACUGGCUGGUUGUUUCUGUGCAUGGGAGAUACCCGUUUUACUUGAUACUUAGAUUCUAGACAAUAUGUUAUGGCGAACGCCUCGUUGGCACGUGUGGAACAAGUAUCGUCUAUCUAUAUUACAAUAUACUACACAC